AUGGCACGGACCGUAGUAGAUGAGGCUGAUGUCGAUGGCCUUCUCCAUCAUUUAGCCAAGCCACGUCACUCUGGUUCUUGUACUCUUGAUACAUUUCGUGAUGAUUGUAUUAAUCAUUGUCUUAAUGCUUACCCUACUGCUCCUCCUACUGCUGAUCUUACUGGUCGUAUCGGUUGUUGUUAUUGUGAUACUUAUGAUGGUUCUGGUACUUGUCUUCCUUUUUAUCGUGAUGGUCCAUGUUGUAGUAGUAAUUCUACUACUACGUGUCUUCCUCCUUGUCCUCUUAUUCAUAUUCAUGGUCAUGGUUUUAGUAAUCUCGUUUGUUGUAGUGAUAGUAGUGGUGUUCCUUGUACGGUUUGUCCUGGUGGCCGUAAUCUUUGUGGUGAUAUUUGUAAUUCUAAUCUUCAUAAUCUUAAUCGUCUUCUUAAUGAUCUUCGUGUUCUUGGUAUUUGUCCCAAAUGA